AGAGGUUGUGCAUUCUAGAGUGUGAGUGAGUGUGUGGCAGUUUUUCUGCAGCAGUGAUCACACGCUAACACACACACACACACACACACACACACACACACACACAUGAUCUGCGCGCUGCUGUGUGUGUUUGUGUGAUGAUGGACGUUCUGGAGAUCUCCACACGGAACCCUCAGGAUGACUUUGAGAUUCUGCUGCGGGUCGGUGGAGGAACGUAUGGAGAAGUUUAUAAGGCUCGCAGUAAACAGAACGGGGAAUUGGCAGCCAUUAAAAUCAUCAAGAUGGAGCCGGAGGAUGAUUUCUCCGUCAUCCAGCAGGAGAUCGUGAUGGUGAAGAGCUGCAAGCACAGGAACAUCGUGGCCUACCACGGCAGCUACAUCAGGAUGAAUAAGCUGUGGAUCUGUAUGGAGUACUGUGGUGGAGGGUCUCUUCAGGACAUAUAUCAUGUGACCGGUCCUCUGUCCGAGCAGCAGAUCGCUUACGUCUGUCGAGAGAUGCUGCAGGGUCUAGAUUAUCUUCACGGACAGAAGAAGAUCCACAGAGACAUCAAGGGGGCAAAUAUUCUCCUGAAUGACCACGGAGAAGUCAAACUGGCUGACUUCGGCAUCUCGGCUCAGAUCACAGCCACGUUUGCCCGGCGCAUGUCCUUCAUCGGGACGCCGUACUGGAUGGCUCCGGAGGUGGCUGCGGUCGAGAUCAAGGGUGGAUAUAAUGAGCUGUGUGAUAUCUGGUCUGUGGGAAUCACUGCCAUCGAGCUCGCCGAGCUACAGCCGCCUCUGUUCGACGUCCAUCCUCUCAGAGUUUUAUUCCUGAUGUCGAAGAGCGGCUAUCAGCCUCCCAAACUCAGAGACAAAUCCAAAUGGUCCACCACGUUCUACAACUUUGUGAAGUCCAUGCUGGUCAGAAACCCAAAGAAGAGACCCAGCGCUAAAAAGAUGCUGACGCACUUGUUUGUGACGCAGCCAUCUUUAAGACAAGAAUUAACCCUCGAACUGCUGGACAAACUCAGACACCCUGAGAAGCUAAAAGAUUUACACAUGGAUGAUGAUGAUCUGGAGGUGAUUGUCCCAAAUUCGCUCAGAAGAAUACACUCAAUCAACAGACACAACCGGGCAGAGAGAACGAACUCAGACAUCAGCUUGGAACAGAUUUACACACAGAGACCCGUCGCUGGCAAACGAGAGACUCCAGAAGGAACGUUGCAGUCAUCAGGAGGGCAGUGGACGAGUCCUCCAAUCACGUCCAGGAGAAGGGAUGAGAGCGUGGACACCGAUGACGAUUACGACGACGUGGAAAUACCAGCGAGUAACACACUGCAGUACAGCGAUGAAGUUCCUCCUCCUCUUCCUCCCAAACCGAAGCAGCGCAGUAGUUCAGAGGAGAGUAUGGCAGCAGAAGAAGAUCACAGUAAAGUUCUGGGCAUCUGUGUCCAGCCACCUUUAUUCAGAACGUCCAGCGGAACACACACACGACCCAGACCUGUUCCACGACCACGAUCUGUCCGGAGCGUCAACUCAGAUCCGUCUGCGUUCUCCAGCUUCCACGCCGAUCCUUCAGUUCACCUUCAGCCUCCUGAACUUCCUCCAAAGAAGGACAGAAGACGGAGACAAGCUCCUCAGGAUCCGGUCGAGUGUGUGAGUCCAGUGGUCAAGAAACCGCCGAUUGUCUUCAGGAAGGUCUUUCACGGCUGUCCUCUGAAGCUGAGCUGCUCGAGCUCGUGGGAGCACCCCGUCACUAAAGAUCAACACCUGAUCUUCGGGGCGGACGAGGGCAUCUUCACACUAAACCUCAACGGUUCUGAGACCACCAUGGAGCUGCUGUUCCCGGGCAAGUGUGUGUGGCUCUACACCAUUGGGGGAGUGUUGAUGUCCGUCUCAGGGAAGUCGUCUCAGCUUCAUUCACACUCUCUGAAGGAGCUGUAUGAGCAGACACGCAGAGAGCAUCGCAUCGUCGCCCUGCCGACACACAGACUGCUGCCACGGAAGUUUGCGAUCAGCACGAAGAUUCCAGACACAAAAGGAUGCCGGACGUGUUCAGUGGCUCAUAACUCUCAGAACGGCUGUGUGUUCCUGUGCUGUGCUCUGGAGUCCAGCGUGGUUCUGCUGCAGUGGUACGAGCCCAUGAACAAGUUCAUGCUGAUCAAGCAAUUCGACUUCCCUCUGCCGACGCCGCUGAGAGUGUUUGAGAUGACGGUGGUUCCGGAUCAGGAAUAUCCUCAGGUUUAUAUCCGGGUGAGCAGAGGAUCCGGGCCGUCACACCCGGUUCAGCUCGACUACAUCGACCUGAACUCUAACACAUCGUGGUUCGCCGAUACUGGACUCGAGAACCGCUGCGCUGAGAGAGUUCAGUUGAAUCAGCUGGACGGAGAAACACUGCUGGUUUUGAUUGACAACUGUGUUCAUACGGUGACUCUGGACGGAUCGGCUAAAUGUCACAGACACCUGACGGACGUCAGCUUUAAGUUAGACAUUGAUGCUGUGGUGUAUCAUGACGAGACGCUGAUCGCCGUCUGGAAACACGGCUGGCAGAGGAGAGGUCAGGGGUCAUCAGAGAUCCUGCAGGAGAUCACUGACCACAAGAAGACCUUCCGGCUGCUGGGAACUGACAGAAUCGUUGUCAUGGAGAAGCGAGCGUCUGAUGACCAAUCAGGACUCUGUAAUCUGUACAUCCUGGAGACGGGGGACUCCGCCCCUAUUUCUCAAACACACACAGCUAACCUCUGUCAUUAAUUAAACUCAUCCUGGUGUUAAUAAAGACGUCAGCACAGGUGUGAGAACACA